GACCUUCUCGGCAAUUAUGGUGCAUCCGUGCACAACAAGUAUCUAAAACAAAUGCUCGAAGAAAGGGACAACGUUCACAUACUGGACCUCUACACCGCUUUCACUAACAUCAUCAAUCAUGCCCCUGGUGGAGGGUCGGCUGAGUCCAAGAAUUUCAAGGGCAAACUGACCCCGUGCUGCGAGAGUGCCUAUAAGGGAGGGUACUGUGGAGAGCGUAGCCAUUCAGGGAAGCGCUUGUACGACCUAUGUGAAACUCCUGACAAGAUGUUCUACUGGGACCAGACACACCCAACACAUGCUGGGUGGGAAGCUGUAAUGAAGGCGCUGCAACAGCCUUUGAUGGAGUUUCUUGAUGAGGACUACGUUGCAUGAUUGGCCUAAAAAAACUACGUUGCAUGAUGCAGCAGCUUGAUGGCUAGCCAGUUGCUGGUGCAAUAUCUUUUAGGUUAUCUUUAUAAAUAGCAUGCGUGUUUAGGAAGAAGGUUGUGAGUUUUUUCUCCUUGUGUUUUGAUGGAGUUUUAGUCAGUACAGUACUCUUUAUUAUGUAUGAAACAUGAACGGGUAUUAAUUUGCU